AAGAAGAAGAUGAAGAAUGCUAGCUAGCUAGGCAAAAAGUGCACUGUGUGUGUUUGUGUAGCAGCAUAGCGUAGUUGACGGAGCGUGUCGAAGUAGGCUGUUUUUUUACAAUGGCACCGGAGCAUACUGGAAGUAUGCUGGAGUCCUCUUGAGUUUUGGUUUCAGAUGUUGUCAAUGCUGUGGUGACACAGAGGCUUGCGCUCACUUCCUCUAUUCAUUCUGUUCUGUUCUUCUCCCUGGCUCCGUCUGUCUCCUGUCUUUCUCUCAGGGUGUUGAAGAUGGCAGUGUGGAUCCAGGCCCAACAGCUCCAGGGUGAUGCGCUGCACCAGAUGCAGUCCCUUUACGGACAGCACUUCCCCAUCGAGGUGCGCCACUACCUGUCCCAGUGGAUCGAGGGCCAGCUAUGGGACACCAUAGACCUGGAGAACCCCCAGGAGGAGUUCAAGGCCAAGCGUCUGCUGGACAGCCUCAUCCAGGAGCUGCAGAACAAGGCCGAACACCAGGUGGGAGAGGACGGCUUCCUGCUCAAGAUCAAGCUGGGCCACUACGCCAGCCAGCUCAAGAGCACGUAUGACCGCUGUCCUCUGGAGCUGGUCCGAUGCAUCAAGCACAUCCUCUACACAGAGCAGAGGCUGGUCAGAGAGGCCACCAAUUCGAGCUCGCCGGUGGGCAGGAUGAUGGACAGCAUGUCCCAGAAGUACCAGCAGAUCAACCAGGCCUUCGAGGAACUGCGUCUCCUGAGCCAGGACACGGAGAACGACCUGCGCAAGCUGCAGCACAACCAGGAGUACUUCAUCAUCCAGUACCAGGAGAGCCUGCGCAUACAGGCCCAGCUCACCAGCCUGGCCACACUGCCCCCUGCUGACCGGCAGCUACGGGAGCCCAGCCUACUGAGCAAGAGGGCCACUGUGGAGGCAUGGCUCACCCGGGAGGCAAACACACUACAGAAAUACAGACUGGACCUAGCAGAGAAGCACCAGAAGACACUGCACCUCCUGAGAAAACAGCAGACCAUCAUCGUAGACGACGAACUGAUCCAGUGGAAGAGACGGCAGCAGCUGGCCGGCAACGGGGGCCCUGCUGAGGGGGGUCUGGACAUCCUUCAGUCCUGGUGUGAGAAGCUAGCAGAGACUAUAUGGCAGAACAGGCAGCAGAUUCGAAGAGCGGAGCACCUCAGGCAGCAGUUGCCCAUCCCAGGCCCUAUCGAAGACCUCCUGAACGAGCUCAACAGCACCAUCACAGAUAUCAUCUCAGCGCUGGUCACUAGCACCUUCAUCAUUGAGAAGCAGCCUCCACAGGUUUUAAAGACCCAGACCAAGUUUGCCGCGACAGUACGCCUCCUAGUGGGGGGGAAGCUGAAUGUGCACAUGAACCCUCCACAGGUCAAGGCCACCAUCAUUAGCGAACAGCAAGCCAAAGCCCUUCUCAAGAAUGAGAACACUCGCAAUGACAGCAGUGGGGAGAUCCUCAACAACAACUGUGUAAUGGAGUACCACCAGACCACAGGAACUCUCAGCGCCCACUUCAGGAACAUGUCUUUGAAGCGGAUCAAACGCUCCGACAGGCGGGGGGCGGAGUCAGUGACGGAGGAGAAGUUUACCAUUCUGUUUGAGUCCCAGUUCAGCGUUGGGGGAAAUGAGCUGGUUUUUCAGGUUAAGACAUUAUCACUUCCUGUGGUGGUCAUAGUCCAUGGUAGUCAAGACAACAACGCCACAGCGACCGUGCUUUGGGAUAACGCUUUUGCCGAGCCGGGUCGGGUGCCCUUCUUAGUGCCUGAUAAAGUGAUGUGGCCCCAGCUGUGUGAGGCCCUCAACAUGAAGUACAAGGCUGAGGUCCAGAGCACUCGGGGGCUCUCUGAGGAAAACCUGGUGUUUCUGGCCCAAAAGGCCUUCAGCAGCUCCAGCAUCAACCCUGAAGACUACCGUAACAUGACCAUGACCUGGUCCCAGUUUAACAGGGAGAGCUUGCCUAGCAGGAACUUCACAUUCUGGCAGUGGUUUGACGGGGUCAUGGAGCUAACUAAAAAACAUCUCAAGCCCCACUGGAAUGAUGGGGCCAUUCUGGGCUUUGUAAACAAGCAGCAGGCCCAGGAUAUGCUGAUGUCAAAACCCAAUGGCACUUUCCUGCUGCGCUUCAGUGACUCUGAGAUAGGAGGAAUCACCAUUGCCUGGGUGGCUGAAAACCCUAACAAAGCAGGGGAGAGGAUGGUGUGGAAUCUCAUGCCCUACACAACCAAAGACUUCUCCAUCCGUUCUCUGGCUGACCGUAUCAGUGACCUCAACCACCUGCUGUUCCUCUACCCCGACAGAGCCAAGGACGAAGUCUUCUCCAAAUACUACACCCCGCCUCUCUCAAAAGCAGUUGACGGAUACGUCAAACCUCAGAUCAAACAAGUGGUACCAGAGUUCACCACAGCCAAUCCCGACCCAGCUGGAAACCCCACCUACAUGGAUCACGGUGCCUCUCCCGUUCCUGCUAGUCACCCUCAACACUAUGGCAUUUACCCACCUAUGAGUGACUCCAUGCUGGAUGCGGAGGGGGAUUUUGAUCUAGAUGACACCAUGGAUGUGGCGAGGCAUGUGGAGGAGUUGCUUAGAAGGCCAAUGGAAAGCCAAUGGAGUGUCCAACAGUCGUGACCUUCACCCUCCAACCCCUGACCCCUGACCCCUCCAAAUGAAAGCCCCUUUUGACAUUUCUCAUAGUUUAAUUCCAUUAAUUUACCAUUUUACUUGAUAUAGCUAUCAUGUGAAAUGUUCAUAAUGAAUUUUUUGUUUUGUUUGUUGUGUUUUUUUUUCUCUCUCAUUUCAUGCAAGCAUGCAAGUGCAUGUCAUUGACUUAUUUUCCUUUGUCUCUGUAUGUACUGUAUUUGUAAAAUUGAUUAACUAUAAUGCAAAGAAAACACCAUGUUACAGUAUUAUGGGAAAGGAAGGAAAGGAAAUAUCAUAGAAAUCACGCAUCUAUUUUCAUUGCUGCAUGAAAUUGUAACAAUUUUGAUGAGCAAGCUCAACAACCUGAAGAUAAAUUUGUGAAUGAAGUCAGUAUAACAGUUUUAAAAAAAGAAUUGUUCGGUUUUAUGCUUUCCUGUUUAUCAAUGAUUACUUUUCAAAUUGAACCUGCCGAAGAAAACUUGUCAUUGAAGGGUUAGUCCAUGUACACUAAACUGCACGCAUAUUCACUCUUUUCUCACUAUUCGCUACACAACCUGACCAUUUGUGAGACACGUGUUUAACCUACAUGUGCUCUGAUCAGUACCAGCUUGCACGUGUGACACCAACCUCUCCCAUGACACACAGGGCUAUUUUGUGUUCAACUGUUUGCACAUGGAAAGGCAAACGCAAACACAAGCAUGUAACCAGAGCUGCCAGACGUCCAACUCCAUGUCUGUGGACCCCCACCCUCCCCGACCCCUUCCUGACCAUGUUCCUCCAUCACUGUUGGUUCCCCACCGGUUCAUGUCUGUACCAGCAAUGCUGCCUCUUAUAACUACUGUAACUGGUGUUUCAAGCACAACAGCAAUGCACUCAGUGUCAACGUCAAACGUUGUGCUUUUAUUGUGGAAAACCUUUGCCGUUCAUCUCUUGGUAUUGUCCCUGUUGGGAGUCUUAGUGUUUGUACGUGUAACAAGCUCUCAGAGGCCUUCGCUAAAUGGCCGAGGGAACCAGCACAUAGAUCAGUGUGCUCCGUCUGUGCUUGGUCCCUGUUGUGAUGCUCUGGUUCUUUAAAACAAUUCUAUGCAGAUGCAGGUAUAUCCAUGGUCGUGCUGUUCCUGUCUGGUUAUCUGUCUGCUUGUGUCUUGAACUGCCUCUAAUUGGUCACUGUUACUAAACCUGCAUGUGCACGUGUGUGUCUGUUUAUAACAGCAUGAGGCCUAAGCUGACAUCUUUGGACAGAUAGGUAAGAUGUGAAGAAUAUAAACAGCCUCCAUUGUCCUGAGGCUUAACGCGUCCAACACUCGCUGAAGAAAAGUUAUGGAUCCACGCGUGACAACGUUGCUUUGAAUCUGUGUGUGUUUGUUCUUUGUAUUGUGGUGUGCACACACAGGGUAACUGAGCAUGUUCUGUUCAACCCAAGUGUAACCCCACCCUUGUAGCCCCCACCCAUGCAGGUGACUCUCUCACACACACACAUAUACAUACACACACACACACAUACAUACACACACACAUACAUACAUAGACACACACACACACACACCCAAACAGACAUUGAGCCAUUGGUCAACUUGCCACCACAACACCAGCACCUCCCCUCACAAGCUUUGCCCUCUCAGGAACAAAUCACAAUUCUUAAUGUACAUUGAGGUAACAAAAGACAAAUAGAGGAUGGUUUAUCUAUAUAGUACAGCAUAUAUCAAUUUAUUUUCUCUACCAUAAUUCUAUUUUAGUAUGGUUUAUGUCAGCGGCACGCUCCUCUUGAAUGUAUGCAUGCAUGACCUCAGAGGAUAUACUGGGUGGAUGCCAUAUUGCUCAUCCCAAGUAGCUGUGAAAGCCAUACUGCAAAGGAAGAUUUUGAAGAAAUGUUCUAAUGUGCUUCGUGUUUGUCCAAGAGACUUUAUUUAAAGUAUUCUUUGCGUUUCUAUUUAGUCAACAACCAAUUUUCUUUAUAUUUCUUGAUUGCUGAUGUUGAGCUACAUGGAGACAUUUCUUGUGAUAUAUUUUUUAACAUUAUUCACAUAAUUUCAAACUUGGAUCUUUGUUUUAUAGUGGUCUAUGUACUUGCUAUAGAUGGCGGUGUGUUAUGUUCAGUGUAUGGUCAGUGUAUGUUUAUGGUUUGGUUUUAGCCCUUAGAAGAGAAAGAACUGUUGAAAUGGAAAUAAAGUUUUAUUAAUAAUUUGAA